AUGGGACCCUUAAAGACAGCACCCUCCGAGGCGGCACCAGCCUACGACGAGCACGGCUUCCACGACGAGCACCCCGUGAACGCUUUCCCCCCUUCGGGAUCGGCCUCGGCCUAUGCGACGGUCCCGCAAAGCGACGAGCGCGAUAUCGAGCUGGCGCACAAUCACGAUGCGCCAGACUCGUCGGCCCCCUUCAAACCGCACCAGCACUGCGAGACGUGCGACAAGUUCACGUCGGCGCGCGAGGUCAGGGCCAACGAGCGGCACUGCUGCCUCUGGGUCUCUAUUGUCUUCAUGACCAUCAGCCUUUCGGCGCUGGUACUGGGAAUUGUUGCUAUCGAGGCCAGGUUCAAGCACCACAAGGACUAG